AUUUGUUGUACUGUCACACUUAAUAGGCAGCUGUUCAAAACAAACGUGCACGGCUAAGUUUUUUUAAAUCGUAUUCAAGCUAAAGAGGUUUUUACAAAGUUGAUAGUAUGAGCGACAAUGAAAGUGAAGGUCCCACCAAGCAAAAUACAGACCCUGUAGACAAUGCGUGGUCAUUGAAAAUACCCACAUUCAAGCCCGAAGAUAAUCCACAUGGUCUGGUCGAAGAGAGCUCCUUUGCUACGCUCUUUCCCAAAUAUCGUGAGAAAUAUUUAAAGGAAGUUUGGCCCCUAGUGCAACAAUGUGUAGCAGAGCAUCAUUUAAAGGCAGAACUGGAUUUGAUAGAAGGCAGUAUGGUGGUAAAGACAACACGCAAAACAUGGGACCCAUAUAUCAUCAUAAAAUCUCGCGACAUGAUUAAACUGAUGGCACGCAGUGUACCGUUCGAGCAAGCAAAACGUGUCCUGCAAGACGACACCGGGUGCGACAUCAUUAAAAUCGGCAAUCUGGUGCACAAAAAGGAGAAAUUCGUGAAACGGCGGCAGCGUCUGAUUGGCCCCAAUGGUGCCACCCUCAAGUCUAUUGAGCUGCUCACCGAUUGCUAUGUUCUGGUCCAAGGCAACACAGUAUCAGCUCUCGGCCCGUAUAAGGGACUGCAGCAGGUACGCGACAUUGUACUGGAGACCAUGAACAAUGUGCAUCCUAUUUACAAUAUCAAAGCUCUGAUGAUCAAGCGCGAGCUUAUGAAGGAUCCCAAACUGGCCAACGAGGAUUGGUCACGCUUUUUGCCCAAGUUCAAGAACAAGAAUAUCAGCAAACGCAAACAGCCCAAGAAUAAGAAGCCCAAAAAGGAAUACACCCCAUUCCCGCCACAACAGCCAGAGAGCAAAAUCGACAAGCAGCUGGCUACAGGAGAAUAUUUCCUCAACAAGGAGCAGAAGCAGGCCAAGAGACAACAGGAACGCACUGCUAAACAGGUGGAAGCAGCCAAGAAACAGGACGAGCGCCGCAACAAGGACUUUGUGCCGCCUACAGAAGAUACGAUUGGUUCAAGUCGCAAGCGUCCUGCAGAGGACAAUAAGGUCGAUGUGCAGGCCUUGAAAGCCAAGCUAAUGAAAGCUAAUAAAAACAAGAGAAGUUGAUCUACAAAUACGGUCUUAAAUUAGUUUCUUAACUUAAACCAUUUUUAUAAAAACAAUAAAACUUCCGCUAAACUAGUAGACCACC